UCGUAGUCCGGCAAAACAGGUGACUUUAUCGAGACGUAUGUAAGGAAUUCAUAAUAAAUUGUUUUACGACAAUAACACGCGUUCGUACGAAGUUUUUUUGUGUGAAAUAAAUUUAAUAAAAAUAAUAUUGAUCGUAGGAUGCCUUGGCAGAGACCAGAAAAUGUGCCAUUGGGCAAAGUGUGGGGACGAUUCCAAGGAAAGGAAAGAAAUGGUGUCCCCGGAUUAAUGUACCAAAUCCGCGACAUGGAUGACCAUUACAAACAACAAUGCUUAGAUUUGAUGCAGGAGACAUUCUUACGGGACGAGCCUUUAUGUCAAGUUUUAGAUUUGAAAGGUGAUCCAGAUUCAAUUGAAACCAUUCGAAAUAAUUGGACGGAAAUGUUAAAUCAGAAAACGUCAAUAGCUUGUUUUACAGAAGAGAAUGGCGAACCAAAGGAAUUAGUUGGUUUUAAUAUACUCACAAUUUAUAGUAAAGAUGAUGAAAAAGAAGACAUCGAAAAGGUAAAAGGAGACCCAUGGAGAAAGAUUUUAAAAACUUUAAUACAUGCUGAGAAUCUUGUGGAUGUUUAUUCGAAGUACGAUGUGGAUAAAUAUUUAUCAUCAAGUGGAUUGACUGUGUUACCUGGACACAGAGGACAGAACAUAGGUGCGAGGUUGAUAGAAGCCAGGGAGCAACUCUGCAAGGAGUAUGGAAUAAAAGCCGCGUGCACGGUGUUCACGGCGAAAACAUCACAAAUAUUAGCUGCAAAAUGCGGUUACGAAGUUUUGGCCACUUUACAAUACUCCGAAAUGUUAAAAGAAGGCAUCGAUUUGACGGGAUGCAGUUGUUCUGAAGCUAAAGUUAUGGGAAUCAAGUUUAAGUGAUAACAACUUAGUCUAGAGCAUAGAGUUAAGGACAACUAUAUGUAACUUCACCUGAAAGUGUACCAAAAUGUAUUAAAUAUGGAUGCCAAUAAACUGGAAGGGCGCAACAGUACCUUGAGCGUACCUGAUUGGGAUUUAUGAAUUAGAUUAAAAAUAUAAUUUGAGAAUAGCUUUGAAAACUUUCUCUGGUUAAUUCUGUUUUACUCAUCCGAUUAUGAGCGCGUUCCUUCUAUUAUUUAUAUGUCUAGAUAGAUUGUCAAAGCUGAGAAUGUAUCGAAACAAAUAGUGCCCAAUAGUUAACAAAUACACGCACACUAGUAAAGUAGAAUGACGUUUGACGUAUCAAGCGUAGCUGUCACGCACACCAAGAUUAUAUAGUUGGCAUGUUCGUUUUAGUUCUUUUGUAGUGCGACAAUCUAUCUAGACGAAUCUAAGGCGCGUUCCUUAAAAUUUAAUCGUCUAACUGCAGCAUCGCCAUCUUGAUUAAAAACAUUUUGUAGGACAAUUUUUAUAUACAAAGUUUCUUCUUAACUCUACAUUUAAUAUUUUAGAGAAAAUAUAUACCACUACGAUUGGUUAUUUUCUAUGAAGCGCAACCAAAGUAAUAUUUUUAUGUUAUUAUUUAAAAUAUUUAGUAUUAAUAUUGUUAUGUAAUUUAAUAUCUUAAAAAAUUGUUUUUUUAUAACCGAUUUCUAUCUACUAUAGAA